AUGCAGAAGAAAGCACGACAAAGCCAGUCAUCAGCAAGAACGGAAUGCAGCAAAUCGCCCGCCGUUCCUGCUCCUAGACGCAACGAUGGCUCGGUCAAGAUUUGCUUGUGGUGCAGGAACGAACGAAACGUGGUAAACAAAGUUCACCCGGACAGCACUGCCGAAAACAAGGGUCAGAAGUUUUGGCUUCAGUCAGAGACUAAACAGCAUGAGAGUCGGCCAUCGCCGGCUGCCCCACAGCCCAGUGUAUGCUCCUUAAAACAAGGGUUUGAUACGGUAGACUUAGAGACGAAGAAGAUGUGCUUCUUGCAGUCGUUUGCGCUUUCGAUCAGCAAUUCUUACCACAGUCCGCAGCUGCUGAAACACGUGCUGCCUGAAACGUGUGUGACGGUUGAAAUUAGGCAAUCGACGAACCAAUCUCGGGCCAAAACACACGAAACCGAUGACAAAAUGGUGAAUGUCGUUAAGAACGGUCGAGUGUUUCAGCCGACCUUGUCCGCGAUCCCUGAAACGCCGAGAUCCCGCUCAGACACGAGGCAUUUCGAAGCCCUUCAGACGAGCAGGAAACGUCCACCGACUGUCAAGAGUGACAUUUUCAGCGUUACAACUCCCCGCUCCUAUUGA